AUGAAAACAUAUAUUGAUUAAUCUUAACGUAGAACUUUAGAUAAUAAUUUUGAUUUAAAAUCAUUCCGUUCUCAAAUUAAAGACAGAUGGAAUUUGAGUUUAACUAGUGAUUUAAAUUAAUCAACUUUUAAUUCUGUAAAGUAAGAAUUAUAUAAUAUGAAAGAAAAGAGAAUCGUUAAGGUGUACCAUCAUUUGACAAUUUAUAAGCAAGAAUUAGAGAUUUGUCUUAAUCGCGUUUGACAACUUCAAAUUAUAAUUCUAACGAUAAUUUUACUCCCUAAAAGAAUCUAUAUUCUCCUCAUAAAGCAUAUGGGAUGAGAUAAAUGUAAUUAGUAUUAAGCAAAUAUAUUAAGAAUUUAAAACAAUUUAGGUUAAAAUGUAGUGAUCAAUACAAAUGAAAAACAAUCUCAAAAUUCGAAAUCUCAAUCAUCACAAAAAAAGAUAUUAUUAUAAAAACCAAAUGAUACUCUAUAAAUGACAUUAAAAGGAUCAUUGAAAAAAUAAGGAAGACUUUUGUCUGAUGCAGUAUAAAUUAAUGAAAUUGUAGCAUUGCGAAAUAAGAUUGAAUCAUCAUUAGUUAAUAGAUCAUCAUUAACUUCGACGUAUAAAAUAAUAUUAAAUAUAUAUAGUUAUAUAAGUGAGUUAGUGAAAUUGGCUUAAGCUAUCACUACAUCUCUAAAAUAAGAAUGA